AUGUCGGGGUUCUCCGGGCUACCCCAACCGGGCCAAAUCAGGGCUGGGGGAGUGCCGGAUUCUCUGACAGAGCCCGACGAGAAGCGCACCUCGCCCCCCCCUCACACCCCGGACGCUUGCGAUCAGCAGCCGCACAGCGAAGCCCGACGGCGCCAGCCAAACUCGGGGCGAUCCCAGCCCGCCCGUACCCCCAUCCAUGAUCGCCCUGGCUGCCGGGCUGGGAGGCAGGACGGAGGUUACCUGCGUGGCAGUGCCGUGGCACCGGGAGAGCAGCUAGGGGCCCGGCUCCGCCUCGCCCUCCGCCCGCCGCUCACCUGUCGGGCUGCGGAGGGGAGGAGCCGGGCCUUUGGGGGUGUCCCGAGUCGCCACCCCCCCUGCCCGCCGCCCGCCCCGCGCGAUCGGGCCCCACGGCUGCUGGCUCGGGCCGAGUCCGGCUCCUCCCCACCCUCCCCCACAGCCGCCCGCGUACUUCGGGGACGCGCGGGGCGAACGCCAAGUUCCCGGCCAGCCUUGGCCCCUUAUGCUGAAGAAGGGCCAUCCAUUAACCUCCGGCUCUCGCCGAGGCCAGGCCCCGCCCAGGAAGGUCAGGGGUGUGGCUUCCGCGGGCGACGCCCACACGUGGCAGGUCUGGGCAUCGGGGACCCCUUGGGGGGGCCACCGGCUGGUGGCUUCGGCCUCGCGCACGGGAUGUUCCGGGGCUGGGGCAACUGGUUGGGCUUGAGCCCGGAGAGCGAGGAAGCCGGGCCUCCUGCGAAGGGAGAUGUCCCGGCCGAGCCGCGCUCCGAGAAGGUGAUCGACCCGUCAGCAGACGCGGUGCCACCGGCCAACGACGAUCAGGACAUUCUUCUUCAGGCCAAAGGCCUUGGAAGUUAUCUUUAUAACUUUGCUUCUGCUGCAACAAAAAAGAUCACAGACUCAGUUACUGAAACAGCACAGACCAUCAAAAAGUCGGUGGAAGAAGGAAACAUUGAUGGCUUCAUUGACAAGACUAUCCUAGGCGAUUUCCAGAAAGAACAGAAUAAAUUUGUGGAAGAGCAACAUACCAAGAAAUCAGAAGUCGCAAUGCCACCAUGGGUUGACAGCCACGAUGAAGAAACAAUUCAACAGCAAAUCCUGGCUUUAUCAGCUGACAAGAGGAACUUUCUUCGUGAUCCUCCAGCCGGUGUGCAGUUUAACUUUGACUUUGACCAGAUGUACCCCGUUGCUCUGGUCAUGCUACAAGAGGAUGAAUUGCUGAGCAAGAUGAGAUUCGCUCUGGUCCCCAAACUAGUAAAGGAAGAUGUGUUCUGGAGGAACUACUUUUACCGCGUGUCCCUCAUCAAGCAGUCAGCCCAGCUUACGGCUCUGGCUGCACAGCAACAGGCAGCCGCCAAGGACGAGAAGCCACAGGACACCGAGGCCAAGUUACCACUGCCAGAGGCAGGGCGGCCCAAAACACCACCUGUUGUCAUCAAAUCGCAACUUAAAACUCAAGAGGAUGAAGAGGAAAUCUCCACCAGUCCUGGGGUGGCUGAGUUCGUCAGUGAUGCCUUUGACACCUGCAGCUUUGAUCAGGAGGACCUGAAGAAGGAGAUGGAGCAGCUGGUGCUGGACAAGCAGGCAGAGCCCAUGGCAGUCCUCGAAGAAGAUUCUGCAGACUGGGAAAAAGAACUACAGCAAGAGCUUCAAGAAUACGAAGUCGUAGCAGAAGCAGAAAAAAAAGAUGAAAAUUGGGAUAAAGAAAUUGAGGAAAUGCUUCAGGAGGCGGACUAAUUGUUCUGAAAUAAAAAGCAUCAUCAAUAAUAUUGUGUAACUGACAUCUGGACAGUUAUUGAACCAGAAGGCACAUAUGUAAUUCAAAAUUAACUCUUUAUUCAAGCUAAAACUUGCCUCUUUUAUAUCAAAAAGUAUAAUGAAAUCAGUUAUUCUAAUAUUCUGAGGGAUGAUUUUGGUAAUAUUUCUUUAAUAUAUAUCUGUUUAGUGGUGCUCUUAUAGUUGUAAUAGACAUUUUUUGGGGGACAGGGAUUUGGGCCACAUCAGACUUUUUCAGGACUUAAUCCUGGCUUUAUGUUAAGAGAUUACUUCUAGCAUUAUGCAAGGUACCAUAUGCAGUGCUUGGAAUCAAAGCUGGGUCAGCUGCAUAAAAAGUAAGCGCCUUACCCAAUAUACUAGCUCUCUGGCCCUGAUAUGCAUAUCUUUGCCACAGAAAUACAACUUUUUUGCUUUUCGUUUUUUUUGUUGUUGUUUUUUGGGCCAUACCCGGUGACGCUCAGGGGUUACUCCUGGCUAUGUACUCAGAAAUCACUCCUGACUAAGGGGAACAUAUGGAACGCCAGGGAUUGAACCGCGGUCCAUCCGAGGCUAGCACUGGCAAGGCAGAUGCCUUACCCCAUGCGCCACUGCACCGCCCCAGAAACACAAGUUUUUGAGUUCUUUUUCUGGGAAGUCAAAAAUACUUUAUCAUUUACGUUAGGAUUCCUAAACAUUAGUACUUAGUGCAUUGUUGUUGACAAACAUACCUUAAGGUACUUAAUAAAUUGCUACUAAGAUGACCAAAUUGUACCAAAG